AUGGAUUCCAAUUAUCUCACACUUCUAAUGAAGUAUCUACGCAUGUAUAAAGCUAUGUAUGAGGAAAGAACCUCGCUGAAGGAAGUCAAACGCCUUUCACAACGCCUGAGAACUGCCUAUGAACAUGACCGCAUCUCAUGGAUGGACUUUAACGACUGGAUGGAAGAACUCUGGGCUGCGGUUGAUGAGGGAGCAGCUAACAAGUUGAAAGCAAGCAAGAUUGCCAUAAUAGAUAGGCGACUAAAGCAGGCUUUGUGA